UUUUGCGUGAAAAUCCAUUCCGUAGAAGAUCCUUGUUGUUGUGAACUGCGGACUCCGUGUGUCAGAGGGGAGCACCCUGUUCCCGUCCCCAGCAUGACAGAGAGGACAUCCUUUCACUCCCUGGCUGGGAUCGAUCGGCUCCUCCGAUACAGGCACCUUGAAUCCCUCGCUGUCCCGGAAUCGACGGAAGAGGACCGACCCGCCUUUGGGCACCCGCCGGCUUCCCGGGACAACCUGACCUGGAGGGUGUGGAAGAGCCGGAGAGGCGCGAGCGCGAUCCCCUCCGCGGAGCCUCCCGCCUGCUGGGUCCCUCGGCGAGCCCCCACCCGGCUUGCCUCCGGAUGGGGCUGGCAUGGCUGCGCUAGCCAGCUCUCUGAUCCGGCAGAAACGGGAGAUCCGCGAUCCCGUGGCCAGCCGACCCGUCUCCACCCAGAGGAAGGUCUGCCCCCGGGGCACCAAGUCCUUAUGCCAGAAACAAUUGCUCAUUUUAAUCUCCAAAGUCAGACUGUGCGGGGGGCGGAAGGGCCGGUUGGAAAAAACACCGGAACCGCAGCUGAAAGGCAUCGUCACCAAACUCUUCUGCCGGCACGGAUAUUACCUCCAAGUCCACCCGGACGGCAGCAUCGACGGCACCAGAGAGGACGCCAAUGGCUUCACCCUCUUCAACCUGAUUCCAGUCGGGCUCCGAGUGGUCGCCAUCCAGAGCACCAAAUCAGGGCAGUACGUGGCCAUGAAUGCUGAGGGCUAUCUCUAUACCUCCACUCACUUCACCACUGAGUGCCGUUUCAAGGAGUGUGUCUUUGAGAACUAUUACGUGAUGUAUUCCUCCACCCUGUACCGGCAGCGGGAGUCUGGACGGUCGUGGUAUUUGGGCAUCAACAAAGACGGGCAGGUGAUGAAGGGAAACCGUGUCAAGAAGACCAAAGCUGCAGCUCACUUCCUCCCGAAAUUAUUGGAAGUGGCCUUGUAUCGGGAGCCUUCUCUACACAACGUUGUCGAACCAGCCCUGACUAAGAAAGCAGAAGAAGGCAACAGCCCUGCGCCCCCCAUCAAAGAGAUAUCCAAGGCUGAAGCAACGUAGCCCUGAGGAUGGAGGGGUGUGUCUAUUCUCCUCCACCCCCUACCUCCCCUGUGCGUGUCCCGUCUGCACGUACGUCACCCUCACCGGCCACUCUCCAGAUGACCUUCCUCAACACACGUUCACUAUUCUUCCUUCCCCCCGCCCUCAGGAUAUAUCCCCCCCACCCACCCA